AUGUUGGUGUCAAGUUUGGUAAACGACAACGUGGAAAGAAUCAUUUGUAUGGUUGUACUGUUUGCCUCAGGAAGUGUAUCAGCGUAUUGCCCUCGGGGAUGGAAGCAGCUCGACAGCUUUUGCUAUCAUGCAAGCAGCUUAUCAUUGACUUGGCACCAGGCCCAACAAUUCUGUCGAAGAAUGGGAGGUGACCUGGUAAAGAUUACCAGCGCACGGGAAAACGAGUUCGUUCUAGCUCUCGCGAGGAGGUUUGCACCAACAAGGAAACAAGUGUGGAUCGGCCUGAUGUGGACUGCUUACAACUUCUACUGGAGUGAUUACUCAUUUCCAGUCUACAAAGCCUGGGCUCCCAAGGAACCCAAUGGAAAAUCCCGGGAACCCUGCAGCAACAUGUGGACUGGGCACACAUCUCAUCUGCCGUUCAGAGCAAACGGUUACAGGAAUGACAGGAUUUGUGCGACGCACCCUCAUGCACUCUGUGGCCUGGUGUGCAAAAGGCUCGCUUAAGUAGCUUAAGUCGGAAUACCAAGACAUGAAGCUUACAAAAGCAAUUUUGGUGCCGGGACAUUUUAAUUUCGUAUCAAAAUAAAUCGUAUCAAAAUAAAUCGUAUCAAAAUAUUGA